AUGGAUAGCUCUCAAGCGCCGCUGAUUGCGGGCCACGGCGACGAAGAUGAGCUUGAAUAUGAUGUUGCUCUGGACUCUCCCGUUGAAGCCGACAAGCCGAGCAGCGGAAUGCCCAGUCUGUUUGUCUUGGCCUUGACUUUUGCUGCUGGCAUCAGCGGUUUACUCUUUGGAUAUGACACGGGCGUAGUAUCGGCCACCCUAGUAUCAAUAGGACCCUCGCUCUCGAAUCGCGAAUUGACUUCGAUGGACAAAUCGAUCAUUACAUCCUCCACGUCACUCUUCGCACUUAUAAUAUCGCCCUUUUCGUCCGUUCUCGCCGACCGACUCGGACGCAAGCACGUCAUCCUAUACGCCGAUAUUCUCUUCAUCGCCGGCGCCCUUCUACAAGCAUGGUCUUCCACAGUCCCGAUAAUGGUCGCUGGGCGAUGUAUAAUUGGCGCUGGAGUCGGCGCUGCUAGCUUUGUCGUUCCGUUGUACAUUGCUGAGGUAGCACCUGCUGCGCAUCGCGGACGGCUGGUGACGCUGAACAUCAUGUUCAUUACGUUGGGCCAGGUAAUUGCAUAUGUUAUUGGAUGGCUAUUUUCCACCUACGGCUCGCAGGCGACAGGAUGGCGGUGGAUGGUAGGUCUGGGAGCUUUGCCUGCUGUUAUACAGGGGGGUAUGAUUGCCUUCAUGCCCGAGACGCCUCGAUGGCUUGUCAAGGUAGGAAGGUCUGCGACAGCCAAGGAGGUUAUUCGGAGGGUAAACGGCGAUGCACUACAGCACAACGCGGAUGCGCUUGUCAGGGAGAUUGAGAUGGAAGUAAGAGAGGAGUCUGAGGCGCAACGCUUGCGAGAUCACCAGGCCUCUGGCCGGUGGAAGUGGCUAGGCGGAUGGGAGACUCUGAUCAGCGAAGGCAGAAACCGCAGAGCAUUGGCUAUCGCGUGUCUGCUUCAGGGCUUGCAACAGCUCUGCGGAUUUAAUUCACUGAUGUACUUCUCUGCAACCAUCUUUACAGUUAUCGGCUUCCAGAGCCCUACGCUUACCUCCAUGGUAGUCGCGGUUACAAACUUCUUUGGUACCGUCGCUGCGCUAGGGCUUGUUGAUCGCAUCGGCCGGAGGAGAGUCCUGCUAUAUUCGAUCCCGUUCAUGAUGCUCGGUCUGCUGCUGUCCGCAUAUGGCUUCUCGUUCUUGUCAUUGGCAGCAGGAGUCAACACUAAAGCCGACGAACCCCCCGCCACAGCCGGACACGAGAUGGCCGCCCUGACUAUCCUCAUGAGCAUCAUGAUAUACGUCGCAGCGUAUGCGCUGGGCCUGGGCAAUGUCCCAUGGAUGCAGAGCGAACUGUUCCCCUUGGCAGUUCGAUCAGUAGGCAGCGGAGUUGCGACAGCGACGAGCUGGGCAGCCAAUUUUGUCGUGGGGCUGACUUUCCUGCCAUUGAUGGAUUUGCUGAGUCCAUCUUGGACAUUUGUGUUAUAUGCGGUUAUCUGUGGUAUUGGAUACUUCUUUGUAUGGCUUAUUUAUCCUGAGACGGCUGGGCUAAGUCUUGAGGAAGCAGCUGCUCUGUUAGAUAACGGCUGGGGAGUGCGAUGA